UUUUUCAUUUUUCCCAUAUAUAUGUACAUACAAUACCACGAACUGGUAAUGGUGCUGAGACUUCAGAUCCCCGGCAUUGACCCCACCAAUGUGUUUGGGUUUAUGGUAACGACCGUAUAUCACAUACUCAUAAUCAACACUGGAAUCGCGGGAAUUCUUGCUGCGGAUUUGGGAAUAAUGAUGUUCGUGUUGCACAUCAUUGGUAUAGCCGAUGUGUUUAAAAAUUCCUUGAAUGAACUAGAUCGUAUGCUGCAAAACGAGGAACGUGACGAAGAGCUGGUUCACAGGCAGCUUCUUGACAUUUUUGUCAUGCAUCAAGAGCUGAUUGCAUACGAAGAAGGUUUGGAUUCCACAUAUGGCGUUGCGGUUUUCGUACAAGUGAUUACGUCGGUUGCCUGUUUGGCAUUAACUUUAUUCAUUUACUACGUGACUGGGAAUUUCGGUAGCGUUCUGUUCAUGAUUGGUGCCAUGUUUCAGCUGCUUGAAUUUUGUCUUCUGGGAACAGCUCUAACCGUUAAAAACAAUCACAUCGAGUUGGCGCUCUACGAUAUCUGUUGGUAUAAGCUGUCUAUGAAAAACCAGAAAAUGUUGAGUUUUGUACUUUUUCGAUCGCAGAAUGCGGUUGAGAUGACCAUUGGGGGUGUAGCUUUGCUGAACAUGGAAACAUUUGUAGAGAUUAUCAGAACGAUUUAUUCCGCAUUCGCAAUGAUGGUACGGAUUCUGGAUUAA